UUCUUCCCCGCCAAUCAUGAACGUUAGGCGUACGGUGCUUUCGUCCUUGACCAAACACGUUGAUCGUAUACGCAAUGUUUGUAUCCUUGCACAUGUUGAUCAUGGUAAAACUACAAUGGCUGACGCCUUGUUGGCUACCAAUGGUAUUGUUUCUUCGCGCCAAUCAGGGAAAUUGCGGUAUAUGGAUAACACUGAGGGGGAGCAAGAGCGUGGCAUAACGAUGAAAUCUAGUGUAAUUGGUCUCAUUUUCAACCGGAAAGUCUCCUCUGUAGAUAAAAACGAUGAAGAUUAUUAUCUUGUGAAUUUAGUGGACUCUCCUGGUCAUGUUGACUUUUCUUCCGAAGUUUCGACAGCAGUUCGACUAUGUGAUGCUGCAAUUAUCGUUGUUGAUGUUGUCGAAGGAGUAUGUCCUCAGACACGUACGGUGCUCCGUCAAGCUUGGGAUGAAAGACUAACUCUGUUAUUGGCUUUAAAUAAGAUCGAUCGAUUGGUUGUAGAAAUAAAACUAACUCCGUCACAGGCUUAUGAAACCAUGUGUCGAGUGAUAGAACAAGUCAACUCCGUCCUUGCGGAAAUGUUUUCUGCAGAUAUGACGCGUCAAAGAGAUGGUAUGUGGCAGACGAAUAUCGACGAACUUGUAAGUACUUAUCCGUUUUGUACAUGUAUUCAUUAUCGGUUGCCAGAUGAAAAUUGAUUAACACAAGCAUGCCGUAAGUGUUCCUGUCCAUGUUCAUUAAGUAAUCCAUUAGUUGUGUCUGUUUCGCAUUGGGUACUGUUGACUCCUUGGGAUAUUGUAUACGUGGGAUGAAACUAUAGGACUGUCGCUUUGUUGGUCACAUUGUAUUAUAAUAGCCAUUUUCGGUUGUUAUUUCGAAAUGCGUAAGCAUCUUGGGGAAUUGAGUAAAAUGUAAUGAAUAAAGUGAUAAAAUGAUACUUCACAAUAACUAUUUUUCCAGCAUUAACUUGAAACAUUAGAUAGUUUUGUUAAUUUAUAAUCUAUUAGCUUAUUACAGCCCAUAGAGGGACUUACGAAAACCAUCUAGUUUAUUGCCUUACUGCACUAAAUGUGGCUCAACAUUGGUGUCAAUGAAAUUCUGGUUACUUAUCUACAUAAAGUGUAAGAUGUAUUUCAAGAACCUUUCAAGUGAUGUACAACAUGAUAAUUACGUGUAUGAUUGGAGCAAUAAUCUUGGGAAAGCUGACGAUUCUAACUUGUACUUUUCACCUGAAAAAGGGAAUGUUGUAUUCUGCUCUUCUGUCGAUUCGUGGGGAUUUCGUGUAGACCAAUUUUGCCAGACCUGGUCUGAACGCCUAUCUAUUCCUUGCUCAAUUUUACAAAAAUCCCUAUGGGGUGAUUUUUAUCUAACUUCCUCUCCUACAGAAUUAAAUAAAAUGAUUGUCAAACCUAAUGCUAGGCAAAAACAGAAGAAGUCAAUUUUCGUUCAGUUGGUCUUAGAACCUUUAUGGAAUGCAUAUCAAACAUUAUUCUUUGAAGAUAAACGUGAUAAAGUGUUUGCAAUGGCUCAAAAGGUUGGUGUAAAUUUAGACCAACGUGUUAUUCGUAAUGUUGAUAGUCGUGGAGUGUUACGUGCUUUCCUGAGUGUUUGGUUGUCGUUAGGUCAUACACUUAUGCAUGCCAUAACGGAUAUCUGUCCCAGUCCAUCUUCAGCAGUGUCUGCUGACCGAGCUGUACAUAUGUUGUAUGGAGAUACAGUUUUAUGUGAUUCAACACUUACCAAAAAAGAUUCUGUCAUAACAAUCGAUCAAACUUCACGUGUACCAAUUAAUUCAAUAUAUUCAACAUCUGGGGCUAGCUUAGCUCUUCAAUCUUGUGAUUCAUCAUCACUAGCUCCAACCAUUAUUUUUGUAGCUAAAGUAUUUUGGACUGAUAAAUUACGUCUCACUUCAAAUGUUACUAGUAAUCCUGCUUCUAAAAAUACCAAACAAGAGAGUACAGAUUCUGAUCAGAUUUCACCAUCAUGUGAUACAGCGAAUACCGAUGUAAAUAAUCAUCCAAGUGGAAUACAAUCUUCUAUCCCCAAACAAAUUAAUCUACGAUCUCCUUUGUUACUGUGUAACCCAUUCACAGAUACUGAUUUUAUUGCUUUAGCUCGAGUAUUUAGUGGUUCUGUUUAUCCUGGUCAGAAAUUGUUUGUUCUUGGACCAAAAUUUAAUGGUAGAAAAGUUCCUUCAUAUCUCUUGGAUACAGAUCCUGAAAGUCUCCCAAUUGGUCCUGUUCGUUUGCGAAACGAUGAUGAAGAUGCUGAAAUUUCAUUAACUGGAAAUGAAACCGGUUCAAUUGAUAAUUUUUGCACAUUUAGUCCAAUAAAUUCUGGUUCCUUGCCUGUUAGUCGUUCAGGAUCUGUUGGAGGUUCAGGCGAGUAUCGAUUGACUGGUCCUAAAUAUUUACGUCAUGUUUACGUAGCUUGCGUUGUUCAUGUCCUUCAGCUAUUAGGAGGUCAGUCGGAUUUCGUUAAACUUCUCGAACCUGUACCAUCUGGAAACAUAGUAGGUCUUACUGGACCAGAUUUAAUAGCUUGUCUACCGAAAUCGGGUCUCUUGGUCAGUCGACUAUCUCUAGUUUCUUCAUUUAAUAAAACAGAUAGCAGUGAAACUGAACUGGCUCCUGUUCUCCCGUUAGCUGGAUUAGCAGUUUGGCAUGGGGCACCAGUAAUUUCAGUUGCUGUUGAACCUGCAUCUGCUACAAAUCCUGAAGAUGUUUAUAGAUUGGAACGUGGUCUUCGACUUUUAGAUCGUGCUGAUCCCUGUGCUGAGGUAACAAUUACAGCCAAUGGUGAAUAUAUUAUACGUGCUGCUGGUGAAAUUCAUUUACAAAAAUGUAUAGAAGAUUUAAUAAAAUAUUUUGCACCUGAAGUUGAAUUACAAAUAUCUCCAUUUGUUGUACCAUUUCGUGAAACAAUUAUUGAUGCAUGUAAUACAUCUAAUUCUUUAUCAUUAAUUAGCCUGUCUAAUGCAUCUUAUGAGAAAGCUUAUAUUCAAUUUGAAAGUUUAUUACAAAAGUUUAAUUUAACAUUGAAUUAUGAUCAAUUAAAAAGUCUUCAUUUACAAUUACCAUCAUCAUCAUUAUCAUCAUUAGGUACUACAGGAGAUGAUGAAUUAAAGCCAACUGCUACUACUACUACUACUAAUACUAUUACUGGGGAUAAUUUAAAAUCGAUAAGUUGUGGUACACAAAAAUUACAUAAUUUUCAUCAUAAUUUAGAUAUUAAUAAUUUUCCUAUUAGUAUAUUUCAAUUACCUCAUAGUAAACCUAGAACAAGAAUAUUAAUACGAGUUACUGCUCAUCCAAUGCCAUGUGAAUUAUUAAAUUGGAUUGAACAUUAUGGAUCUUCAAAAAUUUCUCAGUUAAUUCGAGCUUUUAAAAGUAAAGCAUUAAAUUACACUAAACUUUUAUCUGAAUUUGAGCAACAGCUAUCAAAUAUCUGUUCUCAAUUAACAUCAAAAUGUACUACCGCAUGUUCUAUCAAUUGGAAUCAAAUAACAACAUCGUUGUUAGCUUUUGGACCAAAUCAAACUGGACCAAAUAUAUUAAUUAGUCAUUUAAAUACCGAUUAUUUUCCAUUAUGUACUGUUUGGGGUAAAAAACUUAAUUCAUCAUUGAAUAAUUCUACUAUACAUUUAAAAAAUGUAAAUAAAAAAUCGAAUAUCAAUUUACCAAUUAUUAGUUAUGGUAAAGCAUUACUACGAGGUUUUCAACAGGCCACUUUAAAAGGACCACUUUGUGCUGAACCAAUGUAUGGUAUUGUAUUUGUAUUAGAAGAAAUUGUUGCAGAAAGUUUGGAUACAUUAAAAUUACCAAAUUAUAGUAGUGACAAUACUACUACUACUACUACUAUUAAUAGUAAUAAUGCUGUUUCUCAAGAAAAUAAAUCGCAUGAAUCAAAUAUUAACUAUGAAUUAACAACAUCGUUACCAUUGGAAAAUUCAAUGCCAUCAUCUACUACUGCCACUACCUAUUCAACUGAUAAUAAACCGGAUAAUCAAUUAUUAAGUAAUAAAUCUAAACGUAAAUCAAAACGAUUAACAUCCAUCUCAUGGUUAGAUGAUGAUGGUGAUGAUGAAAUUGAACGUUUUUAUCACAGUAGUUCAGAAGAACUUGACCAAGAUAGUGAUAAUGAUGAUGAUGAGAAUUGGUGUUCUGAUUCUUCAAAAAAUGAAGAUAGUCAAUCUGAUCAAUUGUCUGACGUCGAAAAUUCCAACGUGGCUGUUUUACAGAAUCCCGAAACGGAAACUUGUUUUGACACAACCAAAGAAAUUCCUUAUUGGCAACGACGAUCCGACAUGUCAUGGUUACAUGAUAUUCCACCAGGUCUCUUAACACCAGCUAUGACACGAGCCUGCAUAGCUGCAUUUCAAUCCUGUCCAUUUCAACGCUUAAUGAUCGCUGUAUAUGACUUGGAAUUACAAGCUCGAAGUGAUGUUUUGGGACGCAUGUUUGGAGUUCUUCGCAGGCGAUAUGGCAGAGUUGUUGGUGAAGAUUUUAGAGAAGGCGAAAAUACUUUUGUUAUUAGUGCCAGAUUACCUGUUAUUGAGAGUUUUGGACUUGCAGAUGAAAUAAGAAAACGUACCAGUGGUGUUGUCAGUCUUCCACAAUUACGUCCCGGUGGUUGGGAAUUGCUAGAUAUCGAUCCGUUACAAAAAGAUAUGUCUUCUAUAGAUAGUAAAGAAUCUUUUAGUGAAUCGUUUCGCACAAAAGGGGGUUCCAGUAAACUUUUUCGAUCGAAACUACCUAUCUCAAGUCUUCAUGAUGGUGGUGGUGGUGAUGAUGGAACUGAUGAAAAUAUGGAUGAACCCACAAGUCGAAUAUCUAGAGUACAACGAUAUAUUCGAGAAGUUAGACUACGCAAAGGAUUACCAUUAAAUGAACAAUUAGUGCUUAAUGCCGAUAAACAAAGAACGUUAAAAAAGAAUAAAUAGAUAUGCUAUUUUAUAAAUAAAAACAACUUGUAAAUUAUAUUUUAGAGUUAUAUAUAAUUUUCCAUUUGAAUAAAUCAUAAUCUGUUUUGAUCCGAAUUCACAUCAAUUUUCUAUGUAUCUUAGUAUUUCUAAUGACUACUACUAGCCUGAUGAUUGAUUUUCUUGACUUUCUGUAAGGAGCUCCCAUUUUCUUCUUAGGUGUUUCUUUUUGAAUAAUAUUAUCGCCAAUCACUGUUGAGAUUGUGACUUAAUGAAUAUUAUAUUGUUUUCGUUGUGUAUUGGA